UUGAAUUUGGAGGGUGUUAAGAUUACAUAUGAAUGCCAAUUGACCUUGAGAGCUGUUGUUAAUUACUGGGAUGAUUUUUCAAAGGUGGUUUUGGUGCAUAAAGGCUUAUUUAUUACGAAAAAUGCAAGUGGCGCGGCUAACGUGGCGCGUGCAUGAUUGCCUUUAAUUGAAGUGAUUUAUCCUAAUAUUUUGCCUCAUGAAACAAUUUGAAGCAAAAGUUUAGUUUUUGCCAGUUUUUAUUAGUCUGCUGCUUAAAACAUUUUGAACUUUUUUAAUAUGGUGAUGGUGAAACGUGAUGUUAGGAACUUGAAAAGCAGUUACCUAGCAGGUUAAAGCCGCCCUCUGAACCCGGGGCUCUAAAUGUGCAUAAAACCAACAGAACAGGUGUGGCGUCAGCAGAAAUGCAAAAGCUGAACCCUUCCCUUCUAAUAUGACCUUGCCAUUCCCAAUGUAACUAAGCCUUAUUUGGCCCAGCGGAUGGUCAGAAUUGCUCGCAAUGUCGGGUCAAACACCUCCGCCAACGUCGCCGAGUCGCCCGACCGCCGCCGACCCUCCGGGGCCAGCGCCGGAGACGGUGGCACGGCGCGCUGACGGUCUGAUGGUCGAUGGCGAUGCAGCUGAACCCGCAAACGGUCAACGUAACGAAUUGCUCGCAAUGUCGGGUCAAACACCUCCGCCAACGUCGCCGAGUCGCCCGACCGCCGCCGACCCUCCGGGGCCAGCGCCGGAGACGGUGGCACGGCGCGCUGACGGUCUGAUGGUCGAUGGCGAUGCAGCUGAACCCGCAAACGGUCAACGUAACGAAUUGCUCGCAAUGUCGGGUCAAACACCUCCGCCAACGUCGCCGAGUCGCCCGACCGCCGCCGACCCUCCGGGGCCAGCGCCGGAGACGGUGGCACGGCGCGCUGACGGUCUGAUGGUCGAUGGCGAUGCAGCUGAACCCGCAAACGGUCAACGUAACGGUCAGUCCGUAGAUCCGACGGUGAACGCCGCGGCCGCGAGACGGGCGCGUGAUCGCGAGCGUCGUCGCCUCGCCCGAGAGCGAGAAACUGAGGCUGAGCGACUUCUUCGCCUGCAACGUAAACGUGAAGGCCAGGCUCUGGCGCGCGCUAGACAAAGAGAUCAGACAGGUGGCGCGGGCCCUUCCCAUCAGGCGGUAGUCGAUGCAGUGCCGGUUCCCGGUCCAUCGGGGGCCCAGCCGCCGGUCAUCCUUGCCGCGGAUAUCGCUGCCGCGCGACGCGAGCGUGACCGGGAGCGUCAUCGACUUAGGAGGGAGCGUGAAUCGGAGGCUGAGCUCGCCGAGCGUCAGCGACGCAAUCGUGAGAGAAUGGCUACGGCUCGCACUAAGGUCAGGACAGGGAGAGACGGCGCAGGUCUUGAGCCACCUGUUGCUGCUGGUGUGGCGGAUCAGCCGAUCGCACCACCGACUGCGUUUGAACCGCCGGUGGUGGGCGGUGUCGCGGACGUCGCGCCCGGCGCGGAGGCAGUGGGCGGCGCUGUAGGAGAGGUGGCAACGCACUCGCCCGAUGGUGCUGUAGAUGCUGUCGAGGCGACAGUAGCCGAUGCGCCAGACGACGCAGCGGCGCGCCGGCCCGCGGCCGAUGCGCCCGACGCGGAGGCAGUGGGCGGCGCUGUAGGAGAGGAGGCGCCCCACACGCCCGAUGGUGCUGUAGACGCUGUCGAGGUGGCAGCGGUCGAUGCGCUAGACGGCGCAGCGGCGCGCCGGCCCGCGGCCGAUGCGCCCGACGCGGAGGCAGUGGGCGGCGCUGUAGGAGAGGAGGCGCCCCACACGCCCGAUGAUGCUGUAGACGCUGUGGAGGUGGCAGCGGUCGAUGCGCUAGACGGCGCAGCGGCGCGCCGGCCCGCGGCCGAUGCGCCCGACGCGGAGGCAGUGGGCGGCGCUGUAGGAGAGGAGGCGCCCCACACGCCCGAUGAUGCUGUAGACGCUGUGGAGGCGGCAGCGGUCGAUGCGCCAGACGGCGCAGCGGCCCGCCAGCCCGCGGCCGAUGCGCACGACGCGGAGGCAGUGGGGGGCGCUGAUGGACAGGCUCCGGUGGACGCGCCCGCCCGUCGUCGAGGCGACCAGCACCUGCUGGCUCGCAAUUAUGUCCCCGCCGAGUUCGAGCCGCCGGCUGGCAUGCAGCUGGGCCGAAUGGACACCGUCUGUGCCCAUUGUGGAGCGCUGCGCUGGCGUGCCGAGCCCGCAGGCGCCUGUUGCCAUCAGGGCAAGGUGCAGCUUGACUUCCAUCCCCCGCCGCCGGACGAGAUGGUGGAGCUGAUGACCCCCGGCACGGCGUUCUAUGACGAGUUUCGGGGCAAAAUUCGCGCUUACAACACGGCCUUCCAGCUGGCCAGUAUGGGGUGCAACGUCGUCCGACACGACGGGGCGUAUCACGCGGCUUUCACCGUUCAGGGUAGCGUGUGUCAUCGUAUGGGAUCUCUACUGCCCGCUCGCGGCGGCGAGGAGCAGUUCAUGCAGGUGUAUUUCCUCGACGCAGACGAGGCCACCGCGCGACGUGCCACCAUGUGUGGCGGCCUCGACAGAGCCGUUCUCGACAUCCUUUUGGGCAUGCUGCACGAGCACAACAACUACGUGCGUGCGCUCCAGCCGGCUCUGCUGAUGGCGCGCGGUGUGCCGAACUGCCGGAUCGUGUUGUCGGCCGAACACCGGCCGCUGUCGGAGCACGAGCGCCGGUUCAAUCUACCGAUCGGUCGCGAAGUGGCGGUCCUGAUGCCCAAUGAGAUGGGGGGCCGGCGCGACAUCGUCGUUCGCGAGCGCGGCGGACAACUGUUCCGCAUCGACGAACUGAGCCGCCAGUACGACCCGCUGCUCUAUGUGCUGCUGCACCCGCGCGGCACGGACGGGUGGUCGCUCGAGCUGAAGGCCGAGCGCGGCGUCACAAUCCGUCAGUAUGGUGCGUUCCACAUGCGCUUCCGACCGGGUCAUUUCAAUCUCAUUCCGCGAGGGGGCCGGCUGUUUCAACAGUACCUGGUGGACACUGAGGCAAAAGCUGAGUCGAGUCGUCUGUCGUAUGUGCGCGCGAACCAGGACGGCUUCAACGGCUUCCGCGCCGAGACCAUCCGCGGCGUGCGAGACGCGCUGGCUGACGGCGAGGAGCACGGCCGAGCCGUCGGACGGCGCGUGGUGCUGCCGGCAUCCGUAACGAGUAGUCCGCGCUUCAUGAUGGCCAAACUACAAGACGCUCUCUGCUACGUUCGAGACUUUGGCGCCGCCGACUUUUUCAUCACCGUGACGUGCAACCCGGCCUGGCCAGAGAUUGAGCAAACUCUGCGCACCCUCUACCCGGGAGAGAGGCCGGGCGACUACGAUCGGCCGUGCGACCACCCUGACGUUGUCAGUCAGGUGUUUGACCUCAAGCUGCAGGCGCUGCUGAAGCAGCUGCGGGGCGGCAUCCUGGGUCGACAGCGGGCCAUUCUGCACACGAUUGAGUGGCAGAAGCGUGGCCUGCCGCACGCUCACCUUCUGCUGUGGGUCGUGCCCGCCGACAAACCUCGCGCCGAAGACGUGGACACGUGCGUGUGCGCUGAGCUGCCAGAUCCCGAGACCGAUCCGGAACUGCACGCGAUCGUCUGCACCAAGAUGGUGCAUGGUCCGUGCGGCGCGCUGAACCCGCAGGCGGUCUGCAUGAAGGACGGCCGCUGUAGCGUCGGCUAUCCGCGCCCGUAUCUGGAGGCCACAGAGCUGCCAGAGCGCAGCUAUCCCAAGUACAGGCGGCGCGCGCCGGAGGACGGCGGUCAACGUGCGCGGACGCCCGGACGGCGCGGUGUGGAAAUCGACAACCGCUGGAUCGUUCCCUACAAUCCGCACAUCCUUCGCGCGCUGGACUCACACGUCAACGUCGAGCUGAUCACGCACGCGAUGGGAGCGAUCCGCUACUGCAUCAAGUACGUCACCAAGGGCUCGGAUAGGAUCAUGUUCGCCGUGCAGCCCGACGGCGUGGUUGACGAGGUGACCCAGUAUCAGAACAGCCGGUACCUGGGAUCCAUGGAGGCAGCGUGGCGGCUGCUCGACCGACCAGUCCACGUCCAUCAUCCGCCGGUCCAGCGGCUGCAGCUGCAUCUCGGUGACGACGAGAGACGUGUCGUGUUCCGCGGCGACGAAAACCUGGAAGCGGUCAUCGCGGGCGAGCAGGCUAAUCCAUCCAUGCUCACAGCCUUCUUUGAGCUGUGCCAGCGUGACGCGUUCGCGGCGACACUCCUCUACCCAGAGGUGCCGCGAUACUACACGUGGCAGGUGCGACGCGGCCGGGGCGCAGACGCCCGUCCGGCCCACUGGAAACGCCGCGUCCGUGGCCAGCCUCACCCCGAGGUGCCGGGCGUGGUUGCCUCUGAGACUCUGUCGCGCGUGUACACCACGACGCCGCGCGCGGGCGAAGUUUUCUUUCUUCGCCUGCUCCUUCACAGCGUCCGAGGUCCGCGCUCUUACGAGCACCUCCGCACGGUCGAUGGCCGCGUGUGUGCCACCAUGCGCGAGGCGUGCUCCGCACUGGGGCUGCUCGAGGACGGAGCGCACUGGGCGCGCGCACUGGAGGAGGCGAGUGUGACGCGCUUUGCAGGUGGUUUGCGUUUCCUCUUCGCUCUGAUUCUGAUCGAGGGAGAGGCUACGUGCGAUCCCAUGGCGCUGUGGAUGAGGUUCGCGGACGCCCUGUCCGAGGACAUCGCUCGCCGUCAGCGCACCGCUCGCGCGGCUGGCAGACGUGGUCUCACCGAGGACGAAGUGCGCCAGCAGGCGCUGCGGAAGAUCGCUGGCAUUCUCCGCCGGCUGCGCGGCAGAUCUCUGGCGGAGUACGGACUGCCGGUGCCGCCGGUGCCGGACGCCGCCGCCGCCGCCGAUGGCGACGACGACGAGCCGCCCGGCGGUCCCGAGUACGACCCGGCCGCUCUGGCCGAUCGCGUUGAGCGCGACGAGCCGCGUCUGACGGAUGACCAGCGCGCCGUCUAUGACGAGGUGCUGCGACGGCUGGACAAUGACGAGUCGGGUGUCAUCUUCCUGCAAGCUCCAGGCGGCUGCGGGAAGACGUUCUUGGAGAACCUGCUGCUGGCCAAGGUGCGCAGCCGGGGACACGUGGCAGUUGCAGUGGCCACAUCCGGCAUCGCAGCCAGCCUGUUGGAGGGCGGCACGACUGCCCAUCAUCGGUUCAAGAUCCCUCUGCAGCUGCAUCCUGACAACGAGAACGUCUGCGGCAUUGAUCGCCGCUCUCCCGAGGCCGACUACCUUCGCCGCUGUCGCCUCAUUGUAUGGGACGAAGCGGCCAUGACGAACCGGCGCGCCACUGAGGCGGUCGACCGGGCUCUCCAAGACGUCCGCGACAGGCAAGAGCUGUUUGGCGGCGUUCUGACGCUGCUCUCUGGCGACUGGAGACAGAUCCUGCCAGUGGUGAAGCGCGGCGGGCGCGCAGAGGUUGUUGACGCCUGCCUCAAGUCAUCGCCCAUGUGGCCUCGGAUCGACACCAUGGAGCUCGCGACCAACAUGCGGGCGUUGAACGGCGACGAUCAGGCCGGUGAGUUCGCCAACUUCCUGCUGCGCGUCGGCGACGGCCGGCUGCCCGUCGUGGCACAGCCGGACUCGGUGCAGGUGCCCGAGUUGGUGGUCAGUCCGGCGCGCAGUCUCGCCGCCUUGGUCGAUCGCAUUUUCCCUGACAUGGCCGGGCGACACCGUGAUGAAGAGUGGCUGCAUGAGCGCGCCAUCCUCUCGCCGCUAAAUGCGACCGUUGACAGGGCGAAUGAGGCCGCGCUGGCCCUUCUGCCCGGCGAAACAGUCACGUACGCUAGCGUCGACACCAUCAGUGACGACGACAACGAGGAUCACGGGCCUCCGGUGCCCACCGAGGUGCUCAACGCGAUCGACGUGUCGGGCAUGCCGUCGCAUCGACUUCAGGUCAAGGUCGGCGCCCCGGUCGUGUUGAUGCGCAACCUCGACGCUCCGCGCGUCGUGAACGGCACGCUGUGCACGGUGCUGCGCGCCGCGCCCAACGUGCUCGAGCUGCGAAUCGCCAGUGGAGUCGCGCGUGGCGAGACGCUGUUUUUGCCGCGCCUCCCUCUGGUGGUGAGCGCUGUCGAUUCCGGCAUCGGCCGACCAUUCCGCCGCUGUCAGUUCCCCGUCAAGCUGUCAUUCGCCAUGACCAUCAAUCGCUGCCAAGGGCAGACUAAGCGACGCGUGGGCAUAUAUCUGCCAUCCCCGGCCUUCACUCAUGGCCAGUUCUACGUGGCUCUCUCGCGCGUAGGCAGCUUUGAUUCAGUCGAGGUGCUUUCCACGCACAACCAUCGGACGCGGAAUGUCGUAUACAGAGAGGUUCUGUGAGGUGCGCGCGCCAGGAUCGGGCGUCAUACGGGUGCGUUAUGGGGCGUUAUCUUAGUUCGGUUGUCGAGCGACGAUCGGAUGUACCCCGCGUUGUGCCGUCCUUCACCCAAUUGCUAUGACGUUGAGCCCGGAGUGGCCGGAGGAAGCCCUUGCUCCUUGAGUGGGAGGGCCACUCUGUCUGUCCGGGUGGUCAAUGUCGACGGCCAACUGUAGGCUGCGGCCAAUCGUAUUGGGCGUUAGGAAGCGGGUGCGUCAUCGGCCGUAAUCUUAAACGUUAUCGGAAGUAUAGUCAGGCGGCGGCGUCCAAGAGCGGUCAGAUACUCCUGUGGUCAGUCGUGUGGUACGGCUGGUGGUCCGUGUGCUGGGAUUUUUUAGUCUGGAAAUGUUAGCGCGUCGCUGUUGGUUGUGAGACCCCCUUUCAGACGUGUGAACGUCUGAAGUCCGUUUCGUGUGAUCGAUCGGACACUUCACCCCUUGAUAGGGGGAGUCUAAACCGCUGCGGGGCGAGUCUUACGUCUGAGCGUGUCAGUGAGUGAGUCCGUGUGCGAAUGUGUGCGUGACUGUAACUGUGUCAACUGUCAGGUGUGACGGUUGUUAGGCGCGUCGCUGUCGGUUGUGAGACCCCCUUUCAGACGUGUGAACGUCUGAAGUCCGUGUCGUGUGAUCGAUCGGACACUUCACCCCUUGAUAGGGGGAGUCUAAACCGCUGCGGGGCGAGUCUUACGUCGGGGGGUGCCAGUGAGUGAGUGCGUGGCUGCAUCUGCAUCCUGUGCUUAACCCUUUCGGUGCUGUGGGUAUUUGGAGUGGUGAAUGAUUGCGCGUGAGUGAGUGUAUGCCGGUACGCGCUGACGUAACGGGCCCUUAACCGUUAUACUAAAAGUUUGACAUCGUUAACGUAAGUUCAUCAGGAGGCUGACAUUGACAUUUCAGUGUGCUUAACUCAUUUCAUUGUGCUUAAAUCAUAUUUCAAAGUUACUUUAAAAACGUGUUAAGGGCGGGGUGCGCGCUCGGAGCACUUCCACGACAGUGCACCCUGGUAACAGGCUGUGUUCAGUGUGCGGAGCCGACCUUGAUGUUCCCUAUAAAACCUUCAAUCUAUCCAUCACCUCGGCACGGCGACCCUGAACUAUGCCUGGCUAAGACUCCGAGCCUUUUGACUUCCUUAUGCCGUGUCCCUGACUACAUUUCUCGCCACCAUGCAGUUAACCAGCAGGGCCGCCAGUCAUCGACACCGGCUGCCGCCAGCAGCCGCAGCUGACGCCAACAAACCCCGGAUCCGAUAAGCUCUGUCAGGCAAUCGGACCAGACCAGUCCAGCUAAUCCCAGCAAGUCAUUCUGACUGUGUCUAAUCCGGUCAGUGUGUCGCCUAAUGCCGCUUUGACACUUUGCUUACUUCUGUUUCCUAAUCGGCCUUCCUAUUGUGUAUCGCCAUAGCAGCACGCUACAUUUACACUACUUCUACUUCACUGCUCUUUUUCUCCUACUGAGCAUGCUGCCUACACAGGGCGGUUUUUGUAGCGUAGCUUAGCACGCCAGCAUUACCGCUGUCAACCUUCUGAAUUCAUGUCAGAAUGAUUCGCCAUGUCAACUACUGUGACCUGUCCCCUGGCCCAGUUAGGUAAAUCGCUGCUGCUAGAUUUCACAUAAACAUUCACUGCUCGAAUUGGCUAAUCCCGUCGUUUGGCUGCUGCAAAUCUCCUGUGGCCCAAUCAUGCGCGCGGAGCAAGCAAGUCACCUAGUUUAAAUAUCCAUUUGAGUAGGAUU